AUGCACAGCUUGAACCAGAAAACUUGUCAUUUGAGUUCCACAAAUUCGCCUGUUUUGCCUGCUCUAAUGACCGCUAUUGAAUCACGCCCGCUUCAGCCGAACCCACAUCACGUCCGUUCAGUGACGAGCACUGCCAGCCUCGCUGCCGUAGUGGCGGUGUGCAAUCCAACUAAGGUCUUUUCGGUAUUGGCAUCAUCCUCUCCAUCCCUUGAGACUCAGUCACAGAAAGUAUUAAAGCCGACUUCCUCCAGUCUUUUUCUUGAUUCAAAAUCUCAAGGUGACGGAGAGAUUUCUACGCAUUCUACUCGAUCGGAAAGGAUAGGUUGUGAGGAGCGUUCGAUGAACUCCUGUUUUUCUGACUCUAUGAUUUCUGGCACAUACUUCAAUAAGGCGUGCUCAUCGCAGGACAAGUUUAAAAGAACAAAUAAGAAUCGUCAGCGGCUGGGUACGCUUACGGGACCAUCGGCAUUCACUUCCACUGCGACUUCACCACAGCCCUACGACAACGCGUCGAACGGAUCUCCUGCUAUAGGUAAUUUUAGAAUAAAAAAAACAGAUCACGGGCGAGUGCCCGCUGGUAACACCAAGCAAUUCACUACAUCGACUACAAAAGGCUCACCUAAUAUAAAAACGAAUGCGGCAUUUAAUAACAGACCGCGCCCAGUGAACUACAAUGAUCUCAUGAGGUCCGAACAAACGAGGUUGUCAUCCUCUUUGCCGGAUGGAACCCCUAAAUCAUCGGAGCCUCAGAGGGGCCUUGUAUUAGGGUCCUCAUUUUACGUCGGACCUCGUUCCGGCACUGACCCUGUUGCGGCAAACGAGCCCUCAUGGUCGUCUGGGUUAGCCGCACAAUCUGCACCCCAUCAAAGGGCACUUCAGUCCACUUCAAAUGUGGGGGAUGCCCCUUCAUCGGUGUCCUUUUUAGAGGGACCCUUACCACCGGCGGUUCGUGCCAUGCUCGAGACGGCCUGUGCUUCUCCCGUUUCAAUUACUCACUACCAUGAGUCUUUUGCGGGUGUACAGGGCGUAUCUCCUGGUCUCGGAGAAAAUGGCGCCCUUGUCGUGCAGGCGCCCCUUGCGGUUGAGGAAGCCGAGCGACAGGCUCGCCGUUUGCUCAGCACUAGUCGUCGGCUUAAGGUUUAUCGCGAAGAGCUGCAAACCGCCAAAGCGGAGUUCAGUGAUAUGCAGGACCUUGUCCAGAAGGAUACCCUCGUGCGGCGGGCCCUUGAAACCGAACUUGUCGAUAUCGAUAGCACGAUUGCACGAUUGAUGAAGGAACGUGCUUUGUGCGAGGCUCAGUUUCAGCAGCAAGAUAAUCUAAUUACGCGGGAUUCAGAAAGGCUUCACAAGGCAGAAGAGCGAGUUACGGUGUUAAACGAAACUAUUGAAAACAUGAUGCAGUCAACACAGGCUGACCAGCUGGUGUUGAAUCGACUCGUUCCGAACCUGAACAUUGAAAAUUAUAUAUAA